AUGUCCAACCAUCAGUUCAACAGGCUGCCGGCGUUCUCGUUUCACGGCUCCGGCAGAGGAAAUGGCAGACAUUUUGUUGCGCUCAACACGAUCGAGCAGGCGCGAGCUGCCAUAGGACAUGGCGAAGUACACAGGAGGGAGCACACCCGCGAGUUCAGAAUAGAAAAAGACGCGUUGAUAGACACCAUCCGCAAGACCCAGGCUGAGAAGCUCAGCCGGCUCGAGCGCAUCGUCUCAAGCUCUGAGACGGACCCAGCGUCGGUAGAUCUGCUGGAGACGUGUCUGUCCAGUGUGGGCGAGAUUUUUAGCCAGAGCCGCCACAAAAUGCAUACUCAACUGCUACACUGGAGGAGUGAGCAUCGCCAUCCUUUAUCUCGCGUAGAAGAGCUGGAGAAUGAGCUGAAGGCUCUUCGAGCCAGCCUUGCAUCUAACGAGGUUCGCAUGCGAUUAGAGAACGACCUUCAGGCGACGCUUCGAGCCAAGAAUGACGAGAUCAACGACCUCAAGGCUCGGCUGGAGGUUGUGGACGAGGAGAAGGAUGCUGCCCUUGACCAACAGCAAGCGCGUGAGAAGAGCUUCAGCGUUGAGAGGGGUGGGAUGGAAGCAGAGAUCUCGGCUCUCAGAUCUCAGGUGGCCGGUUUGAUCGACCGAAGGGUCGAAGUAGACGCCACCAAUGCGGAGCUUGUCAGCAAGCUUGCUCGCGCUAAUAGCGCAAAAGAACUUGUCGAGCAAGAGAAGUCUGAGCUCGAGGGCCGCCUGUCGCAAGUCAAAGAGAGCAGCAAUGCCCGGACCACACAACUGCGAGGCCCGCUCAACAGCACCAGCGGCAAUGCCGUCCACUCUCUACCUCGCACGCCGCUGUCUGCGCCAUCACUUUUCUCAGUAUCCAAUGGCGACGGCGGCAAUGCCGUCCACCCUCGACCUCACACACUAGCUUCUGUGUAUACGGUGCCAGAUGGCGAUGAUGGCAAAGCCGUCCACCCCCCAACUCCGCUCGACAAGGUUGCACCCUCCCCUGGGCCAGAGCGACGGGGUUCAACAUGGAACAAGCAGCUGGCUUUGAGGCCCGGAAAACGGACAGCGUCAGGGCCGUCGGCGCAAACGCCCAAGAGGGUCAGGUCAACCUCAUCAACCACUGGCUGGCAGCAACGCUUCACGUUGGAACUAUACGACCCCUCGAUACCUACAGUCUUGCCGAUGACAGCUCUGCAAAAAGAGUCUCAGGAUUACAUCGAUGGAUGGAUGACGCAUUUUGCGCGGAAUUCGCGCUUCCCGAUCUUCUCGACGACUGGCAAGGGCGCUGAUGGAGCGAUCUGCCUCGGCGACCUUUUCAUUUCGAAAAAGCCACCGAACACGGACUGGGACCGAACGCAUGCAUGUGAGGACGUGUCAUACUUGGUGUAA